AACAAAUUACACAAACGAUAAUGUCAACAAUGAAUUUAAUUAAAAUCUGCACUUUACUCACCACGUUGUUGGUGUGUGUCCAACGGAGUGCGUGUGAGCAAAGUGUUUGCGGCCCAGCGCUAGAUUCGGUGCUCAGCACUAUCUGCGAGAACGGUUUCAAUACGAAGUUCAAAAAGUCUUUGGAAUGGGAUGAUUUGGGUAAAAAUGAUUUGGAUAAAAAUUACUUGGAUACAAAAGAUUUGGAUGAUGAAAUGAUCUUCCCGUAUGCAGCCUUUCCCUUCUUGGCGAAAAUUCAUGGUGGCCAAGUCGAUACAGUGGCCAAGUCUCGUCGGCGCCGUGAGGGUGUUUACGAUGAAUGUUGUCGCAAACCUUGCAAAAUGAGCGAAUUGCGGGCCUAUUGCAAGUAAAUACUUUUAGUUCGAUAUAUCUGUGAAUGGAUUUUGACUCGAUGCUCAAUGAAAAUCGGCACACUUGUUAUAAUAAUCAACUAAGUGUUUAUAUGAAAAUUAAUUCUAAAUGUUAUGCACUGUUAAAGAAACUCCAAAAAUAG